UCAUGUCACCUUUUUCUCUUCAGUAGGGAUAUGUCCUCAGCACCAACUACUCCUCCAUCAGUGGAUAAAGUAGACGGAUUUUCUCGGAAGUCCGUCAGAAAAGCCAGACAGAAGAGGUCGCAGAGCUCCUCACAGUUUAGAUCUCAAGGCAAGCCCAUUGAGCUCACACCUCUGCCGCUGCUGAAAGACGUUCCAACCUCAGAGCAGCCUGAACUGUUCCUAAAGAAACUUCAGCAGUGCUGUGUCAUUUUUGACUUCAUGGACACGCUAUCUGAUCUUAAAAUGAAAGAAUACAAGCGCUCCACUCUUAAUGAACUGGUGGACUACAUUACAAUAAGCAGAGGCUGUCUGACAGAGCAGACUUACCCUGAAGUAGUUAGAAUGGUAUCUUGCAAUAUAUUCAGAACUCUCCCUCCUAGUGACAGCAAUGAAUUCGACCCAGAAGAAGAUGAACCUACCCUCGAGGCGUCGUGGCCCCACUUACAGCUUAUAUAUGAAUUUUUCAUACGAUUUUUGGAAAGCCAAGAAUUCCAACCCAGCAUUGCCAAAAAAUACAUAGAUCAGAAAUUUGUAUUGCAGCUUCUGGAGCUAUUUGACAGUGAAGACCCCCGAGAACGAGACUAUUUAAAAACAGUCUUGCACAGGAUUUAUGGCAAGUUUCUUGGGCUUAGAGCAUUUAUCCGAAAACAAAUUAACAAUAUUUUUCUAAGGUUUGUUUAUGAAACAGAACACUUCAAUGGUGUAGCUGAACUGCUGGAAAUAUUAGGAAGUAUUAUCAAUGGCUUCGCUCUACCACUUAAGGCAGAACACAAGCAGUUUCUGGUCAAAGUGUUGAUCCCUUUACAUACUGUCAGGAGUUUAUCACUCUUCCAUGCCCAGCUGGCGUAUUGUAUAGUACAGUUUCUGGAGAAAGAUCCUUCACUUACAGAACCAGUUAUUAGGGGGUUAAUGAAAUUUUGGCCUAAAACAUGCAGCCAAAAAGAGGUCAUGUUCCUUGGGGAGCUAGAAGAAAUCUUGGAUGUGAUUGAACCAUCACAAUUUGUUAAAAUCCAAGAACCUUUGUUUAAACAAAUUGCCAAGUGUGUUUCUAGCCCCCAUUUUCAGGUGGCAGAAAGGGCACUCUAUUAUUGGAAUAAUGAAUACAUCAUGAGUUUGAUAGAAGAAAACUCUAACGUCAUCCUUCCCAUCAUGUUCUCCAGUCUUUAUAGGAUUUCAAAAGAGCAUUGGAAUCCGGCUAUUGUGGCGCUGGUGUACAACGUGUUGAAGGCCUUUAUGGAAAUGAACAGCACUAUGUUUGAUGAGCUGACAGCCACAUACAAGUCAGAUCGUCAGCGUGAGAAAAAGAAAGAAAAGGAGCGUGAAGAAUUGUGGAAAAAAUUGGAGGAUCUGGAGUUAAAGAGAGGUCUUAGGCGCGAUGGGAUAAUUCCAACUUAACAACAAUCUGACCGCGACAUCACUAACCCAUGGGGUCACACGCUUAUGUAGUAGAAGGAUGGAGCAACAGUUUUCUGUAUUGUGCAACUUUACAGUAGAUUUCACAUUUGUCUCAUUAUUACAACAGCACUGUAUAUACCUGUCUCUAAGUAAAGGAAAACAUAAGGACUUCAAUCCAAAGUUUGGACAGUAGAUGGACUUCUCAGAACUUUGCAAACAUAAUCAUUGUUCUAACCCUCUUAAAAACAAAACAAAACAAAACAAAACAAAAAAACAAAAAAAGAAAGGUCUUCAGAGAUCUGUUGGUGAAAUUGCUAUGUUAAAAUUCCAUUAUCAGGAGUUCUUUAUUUAUCACUAGCAGAGAGUAUGAUACAAUUUUCAAAUGUGAACAAUCUUAAAUUUAGCUUGUCUUUCUGCUAAGCUGUUAAAUGUAUUUAUAGUAAAGGGAGAAAAGAUUGUCAUUUCUUUAUAAGUUUGUAUAACACCCUCCUCUGGACAACUUGACUGUAAUUUGACAUCCUUUCCUUUUGCACAUCCUCAUGAGUCGAAUGUCCACGUGGAGUGGAGCAGUGAAUUACAGAGGUCCCUUGUGAAAUGUGUCCACUGGGUGAACAUCUUCCCAGUGGCCAGGUGUUCCUGGUACUCCUUUAGUUUUCCGAUUAGGAGUUAAAAAAAGAAGAGGUGAUAAACAUAGUAGCGAAGGGAAUGUUGGGCUUCGUAUCAGAUAUGGUGAGUCCAAAUCAAUGUCUUGAAUCCUUUGAAAACAGGCAGCGGGAUGUGUGCGCCACAGGCUUCAGCACCUCCAGCAUUAGCUGCAGACAUCCUUGUGCAUCCAGACCAGAGACGAUUUAGAAAUGUCAGAGGAACAUCCUUUCCGACCCUAUGAAGCAAGGAAGACAGAACACUAAGCGGUAUAACCAUGAAGUUGAGCACCAGGACUGCGCAUCCAAUUGGGAACCCAGUUGAGCAAACAGCACGAACUGUUUGGAGUUGUUGCCUUACUUUCUAAUGUACUUAUAAAGUAUUUCAGCAAAAGAGGAUGCAGCCUCUGGGAGAAACAAAACAUAUUCCAGUGUUCUUUUGUAGAUCCUCAUUCUAUAGCUCAUCACAGCGCCAGCCCUGUUUUUAGCCAGAGAGGAUUCAGGAUCAACAUUAUGCGUUCUGACAUGGAUGCAUAUUCCUAACUACUGUAUUUGUUACCAAAAGUGGUUCUACAAAUGCUACUGAAAAAAAAUCUGGAAAUUCCUAAUGUCCUGAGUAUUAAUAAUAAAGUUUAAAAAAUGCUUUUAUAUCAAAAGUGCAUUGUGACCAAAUUGUUUAAGAAAAAAAAAAAAAACCAAAACACAGAACUGGGGCUAUACUCUAAAUGUAUCUUAUUGGCUCUCUGCUCUGUAUUAAAGGAAGACUCUUACUUGGGUAGGCAAAUUGCUGAUAUACUGGUGUGCAGUAUGUAUUUGCCUGAUGUGGUUGCAUUGCUGUGUACUGACAAAUGUGUGUUGUGGGGUUUGUUUCCAGGGAAGCUUUUGCUUGUUAGAGACAGACAGGUCAGCAGUGAGCCGGCAACCCCGAACCAUCAUGUCCAGCUGUGUUCUUGGUGUAGAGCCAGUUCUGUGUUGAUAUGUUGAGUUGUGAUCAUAGCUAAUAUGAACACAUGAUCUGUUGUUGCUCUCAGUAGAAAUGCCGUAUAAAUAUGAGCUUGUAUAUUUUCUUCCUUUUAAAUGUAAAGUAGAAUAUGCAGCUUUGUUGUUUGCAAGACAAAGGAGGGGGAAAGCCAUUGACCUUUCUCACUUAUGAAGUGUUUUCAGAUUGUCAGUCACACUGUGUACAUAAAAGUAAGCUAAUUAUGGAUAUUUUCAUCUAGGUACCUUUGUUUUUUGUUUUUUAAAUGCCUUUGUUGAUUCCCCCAAAGAAACACAGUUUUGUUGUUGUUGUUGUUGUUUUUAAGGUGUGUGACCUCCAAGUACAAGAUGGUUCAGUGGAAUGAAUAGGGUUUUUAAGCAGCAUUAAGGAGGAUUCCAUGUGAGGAGAGUGCUGGAGCAGAGGGGCAAGCUCACAUCCUGAUGCUAAGAAAUAAACGCCUAGCACAUCUUCCCUUUAGCUCUCUGUGUUGUAGCCAUUAACUUUCGACUUUGAUUACACGUAUCUUUGAUAGUAUAAAUUUUGCUUGCCGUGACCUGUGCCCCUCGGGAUGAGAUGUGCUCAUUUGAGACGAGAGAGGUAAAGGACCUCUCUCUGCACCAUGUCCUUGUCCUCUGAACUAAGGGCAAACAGCUCCAGCACCCCUUCCGUCAGUUUUGUCUGUUGAUCAUUCCCAACUGAGAAGAAUAAAGCUAAGCUUAGACUAUCUAAAGAUGUAAUUAGACCUGUCUAUCUAAACUCACAGGGCAACUUCUGAGAAAGAAAAAAAAAAAAAAAAACAGCAA